AUGGACAGGGAGAACUACUUAAAGCUAGAGAAAGCCAUAAGAAAAGGAGAGCAUCUCGAAAGCUUGUCUGUUCUUAGAACCAUCUUAGACAGGGUUGUUGGGGAUAUCUCGGAGACAUGUCCUAAGGAGGACCUGGAGCUUCUAUCCAAGUCCAUCCAGCAUCAGAGACUUGUUUAUGAAAAGGCUGUUUCUUUGUACGAGGGAAUGCAGGUUGAGAACAUGGAGGAAGACGUACUGAUAAGAUGUCUUGAAGACUUCAACCGGUCUCUGCAAGAGUACUAUGCACUCCCGGGGAAUUCAAAGCCCCAGGACUCCGAAGAAGAGAAGGACAAAUUAUAA